CGGCGACUACUCCCAGCAACCACCCCCCUCCUGUCCGGACAGCAAGGCUGUGCUCUUCUGUUCUCUUCUGUUCGUUCUCUUUCUUUCUGACUGGUUCACCCUCCCUUUUCUUACCGCUUAGAGUUGACUUCACGGGCGGCAGUUAGGUCCUGAAAUAUACAUCUUCAGAUCCAAUUAACUAUCUUUUGGUCCUCCACUCUACGAGUGAUUCUUCUACAUUCUAACAAUGUCGCGCCUCACGGCUUCGUCUUUUCACCAACAACCUGCAUCUUUCGAAUUUCCCGCUAGGGCACCACUCAGCUCUCCGGUGACGAGCUCAGACCCCAUUGUGCCGUCUCUCAUGCCAUCAACUAUCUCUGUCGCUGGCAUGCAGAAUAUUCAUAACAUAGACUCUGACAGUCCCAUACUGGGCCUAGAGACGCCAGGCGCAAGGAAUCGCAGGGUGUCAUCCUUGGCAUACCAUAGUUCUGGGAUCCGAGAAUCUCGGGAGCGAAUUCCUCAACGAAACUUCAAGUCUUUCGUUGUUGUCAUUCCCCCGCCUUCGUUAUUGCAGGAGCAUGGCCAGCUUGGACACACCUUGUCACUAGGGCCACGACAUAGGUUGUCCCAGGGUCUGCUAAUGCCACUCUUCCCAACGCUCUAUGGCCAACUAACAGCCAUUGCCCGGGAAUUUAACUUCCCUAGUACUACCGGUUUAUGCGUCUACCUCCAUUAUAGCUCAGAUGAUAUCACACUGACGCCCAGAGUUUCCGAUGAAACUUGGGGUCUACUUUGGAAUCAUCUCUUGGAUGGGACGCCACCCAGUCAGAAGCUACCCAUCGGUGGAAAAAUCGAAUUCGACAUUGACCUUCGCCAGGCUCGGUGGUACAGCGCAUGGUUAUUUCCUUCUCAGAGAGAACCUGUUGAUAUUCCCAUAUCCUCGGUUCCUUCUACAGCCGCAGCCCAUCUUCGCCACGAGAGUAGGACAACAUCUGUUGAGGACAGGCAUCCCGACAGCCCAUCUCCCCGUCAACCGACCACCCUUAUGCCUCGUCAUGUCCCAAGAAACUUGUCUCUAGUUGACAGGCUGGAUACAAUGACCAUUCGUUCCAUUGCGAAACCUCGCAGCCUUUUGACUCCUCCGGCAAAUAAGGCUUCUACUUCUCAGAUGCUGUCUCCAAUUCAUCAGGUCGAAGAACCGAAGUCGGCAAACGAGAACCUUGAGACCCGGGUUAAGUCUUGGCGAGCCAGUGCUUCCCUUGAGCCAACACCUCUUGCAGCCAAAGGGCAGACAAGCUUAGAACCCGCAAACAUGCCUAACAAUUUGACUCUCGAUGAUGGUUUGAUGCCCACCAGGGAAGAGGAGCUAAAAUUAGAAGAUUUUUCGUGGUCCGUAUCAUCGCAAGGGCCAGGGGAUUAUGAACCCGGAUCCCCAUUGUCCUGUCCACGCCUUCCGUCCAUUCAUAUUGCUAAUCGGAUGGAAGGAUCUGUUUGUCUAACACCUACUGAUUGCACAUCUUUUGGCCCUUCAGACUACACACUCUCCCCUCUUUCAACGGCCAGUCUCCUGCUUCCAUCUCCUGACAUUGCUCUGAGGAUGUUGGAAGAAGUACCGUUGACGCCAUCUACGGCAACUAGCUGGGGCCCUCCUUCUGUCUAUCCUCCGUCGCCUACGAGUGACUUCCAUGCACCUUCAUUAGACAUUGGGGAGCGUCAUUCUUUCAGCAGGCCUGUCACUCCUUCAACUGCUACAAGUUGGGGUCCUGUUUCAUGGCCUCCAUCGCCCAUGUCACCCGUUCGUCCGCUCUCUAUUCACAUAGCUGAUCGCAAUGGGGAUGUCAGCCGGCCAGACACACCUUCCACGGCAACUUCGUGGGACGCAUCUUUAUCUUUCCCCCCUAGCCCCCCUACCCCGUCGUAUGUUGCAACUACGGAUGUGGGACGUCGUUCUCUGGAUAGUUCUGAAGAGGAGGCACGUCUGGAUGGUGGCCGUGAUGUGCCAGAGGCAUCGAUGAAUGGCCCUUGGAGACAUGUGUGGCCCUAUACAUGCACAGAACUGCUUGCAGCAGCAAAUGCGCCUUGGAGGCACGUCUGGCCUUACAACUCAGUAUCUAUCGAGACUAGCGCACCUUGGAAAUAUGUCUGGCCGUACAAUAAUCCUGUGGCCUCAGAUGACCGGACGUCAACUGAGGCGCCUUGGAGGCAUGUCUGGCCUUAUAACGCACGGUCGGAUGGACCUUGGAAACAUGUUUGGCCGUAUAAUAAACAUGUCGAGGAACAUGCUGUAACCAGACGCCUUGCCACCUCGGUCGAAUUUAAGUGUUUUCUGUAUCCGAACUUGGUCAUUUAUCCAGCAGUGUACCCCAAGAUUGCAUCGUACACCGAGGUGGAGAAGGCGAUUGCCAGUGAUUCAGUGGUAAUAUCCAUGAGCCCUCCGGCUGUGUACCCCAUUUUUGAUUUAUAUCCAGCGGUCUAUCCACAUAAUUUGAGCAAAAUAUACCACGAUGUAACAGUGGUAGAGCGCUCUGUUGUCAAUCAUGUCAAGCCUGACACUGGUGUGUAUUAUCCGGUGUUCAAUCUAUAUCCCCCAAUUUAUCAUCACAGCACGCCAUAUUCCCCAACGAUCCACGUACACAGUCAUGAAAGGCUCGGAAUCGAAUUUCAGGCGGAAACGACCAUUGCUUUGUUUUCGAAGGGCAGACACACAGGCCUCGAAAUACAUCCUUUGAUCAGCGUCGAAGAUCAACAAGAAGAUGAAAGCAGAGCAAUGCUUUCAGUAAGAUGUGCCUCGACAUACCCUGUGUUCAAUUUAUGUUCGUGUCACAGCGAGACCACUGUCAUAGGGACUCAUGCUCUCCCAGAUCCCGCGCUAUACCCAUUCUUCGAAAUUUACCCAUCUAUGCAUGAGGGGUCGAUAUCAGACAAGCCGACUAUAUCAGGGUCCUCUGCACCUCAUGCAAUAACUGAGCCUGACACUGUAGCGCAAAGUGAGGAGCAACCAAUCUCUGUUUUGCUGGAACCCUCUUAUCCAGUGUUUAGUUUAUACCCGCCCAUUUAUCCGAACUUUGUCCUAUAUCCUACGUUGCCAGAGGACAUAGCAGAUCUUCACAACGUGUACUAUUCCAGUCCUGAGGUUGUUUAUCCGACUUUCUGGCUUUAUCCGGCAGUGUAUCCUCGUUUCGAUCUAUAUCCGAAAAUACAAGUAACCAAAGAAGUGAACGAUUAUCAAGUUGAGGUCGCAUCAAUAGUCGAAUACCCUCAUUUUAACCUUUACCCUGCCGUGUACCCUUAUUUUGAUCUCUACCCUGCCGUUGGACCGAUUUUGGAAGAGGUGGAACCUCGAGGCAACGGCGCGGUGAAAUCAGGACAGAGUUCUCCGUCCUUUGAAAUCUAUCCAGCUGUCUACCCUCAUUUUGAUCUUUAUCCAUCGUUCAAACUGAGCAUCCGUCCUCUGCCUAAUUUCAGUGGUCUUAUUACACAAGAGCCAAAAACGAUGCAGCGUCCUGUCAGGAGUUCAAAAACACAUCAUCAGUUGCAUGAGGAAGUCUUUGCCACUAGACCGUGUUCGAGAAAAGACGGGAUCACUGACAGGUCGACCCAAUCUAGUGCCAAUAGAAGUCUGGAUUAUCGUGCAUCUCUCCGUCUGCGUUCUGCUGUGCAAGUUGGGCCUCCACCAACUCCACCGCCAAUUAGAGGUCUUCCUGUUCGUCCACUUCCAGUUCCCGAAUCUGAUCCCCACUUUCUCUCGAAGGGGCCUCUUUCUGUCAAUCGAGCGCUUCAGUCUCGGCCUGACAUUCAUAUUUCAUACGACAACUCCCUGGCGGAGACAUCUACUCAUAGACGAAGUGUAUCCGACAUCUCUAGCUCAGCUUCAGUGCCACGAGAAGCACCUCAUCUUCCAUCGGUGGGAGAAGACCAUACUGUGUAUUUAAACAGGUCGAGCUCCGCGAUGCUACCCACAAAGCAAAAGUCAGACUACGACAAUGUAGUCCAUCCAUUGUCGUCCCGCCCUGUAACAAAAAAGCGAGAUAGCCUAGUUCUUCAGCGAGUAAGGGCACUAAACUCUGCUGAAGAGUGUGGGUCUUUGGGCCCUGGUAGGAUCUUUUCGGUACCCAGAGUUAAUCGCCAUGGAUUCGCAUGAUACAUACUUACAUAUUGUCUCUGGGAUCUCUCUAUUGAUAUAGCGGUGUUUUACAAAUAUAUAAUGGAUAAUGGGAGUAUACAUUGCUUGAAUGCUAUCGACUCAGUCUU